AUGGAAACCCAGGAAGCAGUAAGCCAAAGCCUCAGACAGCUAGUCGAAUCGAGGAUUACCAGUUCAGCGGGUAUGUUCGGUGGCCCUGAAGGCCUACAACUGCUCAGUGUUAGAGAGUUUCGCUCACAGAUCGCAGGCUACUUUUCUCGAGACUUCAACGUCCCAGGACCGCAGUUCCCAGAGAAGCCUCAUGAUCAGUGUGAAAAGAUGGACGAUCCGAACAGUGUCACUUCUGAUGUUGAAGUUCUGAGACCUGCAGUUGACCUCGUGCUUGAUGUCGUUGUUGAUCGCAUGCUUCCCCAGCUUCGACCAGAGUAUCACCCAGUUCUCGCAGAAAGCCAUCUACAAGCACUCAGUCGCCGUCUUCGUGCUCUGGAACUUCGUCUUCAAACCGAUAUGGGGACGUGUGGCAAGUUACCCAAGAUGCUAUGCGGGUGUAUAAUUCCCAUAAAGCGCCCCAACAACAAGGACAAGCUCUGGACACGUCACUUGACUAUCAGAAAAGACGAAAAGGGACGCUCUGAGGAUCAAGGAUUCAAAUUUCGAGAUUUGGCUGGUCUUCUCCGCCUUGUCAACUUUUCUCUCGCAUGUCUACAAUGA